AUGUGGGUGACCCUGCGCUUGUCCGCUCGUGGCAAGCAACUUAUCCUCGAACAACGCCGACGCCGCGCCAACGCCGAGGCGAGCGUAGCGGGAUCACGCAUGUCCGGACCACUUGGGAACGGCGAUGGAGGAGGGGACCUCAGCACGGCCCGUCCCAUCAGUGCUCGGCAAGGCAGCUGGGCCGACUCGUCGCCCUGGGGAAACACGACGACCACGGGCACCCCCACCGCUCGAAGGACGACGGGCUCGACGCACAUCCACGAGGAGCCACCCUCGCUACUCCCGCUGCUUCGUAGGUCCAAAGAGUCAGGGAGCAUCUCCUUUGCACCUACCGCGCUUACUGGGCGGGUAUCCCUACCCAGACGACUCGAAUGUGCCACCCCUGUAUCUCCACGCGUGGCGAGGGGCUCAGCCGAUCCGCGACACCGUCUCGCUUGGAGCAGUGAUGCGUGUGCUGUCCUCGGGAGGUAUCAAGCAGGCCAGCAUCGACAAGGCAAGCGCACUCCAGGGUGUCUGCUGAUAUGCUCGAUCUAGCGCUGACGUUCAUGGUUAUGCCCCUCUGUUUGGUCCCUGUUCGGUUGCGCACUCCCCACACGGUCCGCCGCUGGACUCCCCGAAAACCUGUACAAAUAGAUCGUAUCCUUGGUGACGCCAAAUUCCGGUAUCAUCACCAAGCAACAGUUCUACACCUCACUUGUGCUCCUUGCCCACGCCCAACUCCACCGCGAGAUUUCACUCCAAGUCGUGGCCCGAGCCGUCGAGGUCGGCUCGCUGCCGAUCCCCACCCUGUCCAGUUCUUCGGCUUCGCUCUCGGCGGUAUACUCUGCGCCGUCGUCGCCGACGUCCAUGACCUCCCCACCAGACUACCACCGAUCAACGUCCAUGUCGUCCACGAACGAUGACCCUUGGGGGACGGCACCCGCCGGUGGCUCCAGCGCGGUCAAAGCGAGCGGCGGUAGUCAGCUCCAUAGCUCGAUGGGUGCCAGUCGCCCCACCUUCCCGCCCGUCGACGAAGACGACGACCACGGCCAUGCGUUCGGCGAAAACCCGCUGGGAGGGACGAGUCUAGGGGAGUGGGCGCUGGGCAAACAGCAAAAAGUCGAGGUCAGGAUGCGGGACGAGCUCAAGGGCCUCGUCUUCAAGCACACCAUCUGGUUCAUUGCCACAGAGGUGAGCGCAGCACAGCACCCCACCCGUCCCAAUUUUGCUCUCUGUUUCAAGCUGAUCCGCUUCCAUGCCACGUGUUCGCAGCGGGGAGUAAUCGUCGAGCGCCGGUAUUCGGACUUUGUGUGGCUGCACGACUGCCUCGUGCGCCGGUACCCAUUCCGGCUCUUGCCCGUGCUUCCCCCGAAGCAAGUCCACAUCCCGGGAUACAUCGCCAUAGACGAGCUCUUCCUCGAGCGUCGCCGGCGAGGACUCGAACGUUUUCUCGUCGCGCUUUUGAACCACCCGACGUUGAAGCACGACCACCUCGUGCGCAUCUUCCACAACGAGCAAUCCGAACUGUCGGCGUGGCGCAAGAGCAACCCCAUAUCGCUGGAGGAGGAAUCGACGUCAAGGAUUCUGACGUCGGAGGAAGAGAUGUCGGUUCCGUCCGACUUGGAGGAACGGCUGACCAACCUCCGCGCCCGCAUCAUUCCCCUCGUCGAGCACUGGACCCGAGUGACGACGACGAUCGAUCGGAUCGCACACCGGCGCCAGAACCAGGCCGCGGAGUACGAACGCAUGACCGAGGCUCUGUCUGGGGCCGUCGAGUGCGAAAGGACCGGGUGGCGUCCCGUCGAAUGCGAGAACGUCGAGGCCGAUGUCGACAAGGUUGCCCGCGGGCUGCGGGCUGUCGCGGGGAGGGUGCGACAAGGCGCGGACGAACAGUUGGAAACGACCGUUGAAGAGCUCAAAAGGGUGAGAGGGAGCUUUGCAGCGGGGCGAGGAGCAUCCCUGCUUGAGCUGAUGGCCUCAUUCCUCACCUGCGUAGCACCGCGAGUUGUACGUCAACAUGAAGGAGCUGUUCACGCGGUACGUUCACCUCUCAACCGACAACGUCGACAAGCUCAAACGGCGCGUCGAGACCAACAUGAAGAAGGUGAGCUAGGCCGAUCGCCCCGCUUCGAGAUAGGUUGGUCAACAUCGCUGAUCGCUGCCAGUCUCGACGACCACGUGCGGCAGCUCGAAGUGUUGCGAGAUGCGGCGACCCCUUUGGCCCCCGCCGAAUUCGACAAACUAUCCCACUCCAUCUCGACGGACCAACGUUCGAUCGAGCUCUUGCUCCGAAGAAGAUCGUUCGUCCGCUGGUGCAUGUGGCAAGAGGUUUUGUGGAUGUUUCGAUCGACGAGCCUGCUGUCGACCGCGACGAGAGUAUGGGUGACGCACGAGGUCGCGGGGGCGGAGCAUCUCCGGAUUCGUUGGGAAGAAUUGCAGGAAGGGUUGGACACUGUCUUGACUCGAAGCGCAGCCGAAGAGGACUGA